CCACACUGGACGCCUGACUCUUUCCAUACAUGACCAAGGGUUACAUCAAAGCUUUGUUUCUUGGUUUCAUCAGCCGUGAUCUAUAGGCAUAGAUCUACCAUUUAGGCCUGAUCAUGGCGCUCACGGCAGUAUUUCGUUCUGCCUUGGGAUCUUGAUCACUGUAGGCAGCACAGCCCCCGGUGCACAGAUGUCGUGCAGCCUCCAGGUAAAGAUCGAAGUCUUCAUGCAAUUGUAGGUAGGAGAAGUCGAGUCAUGCAUAUGCGAGUCUUCAAAAGAGGCCUUCGCCCAUACCCAUUGUAUUGAUUCACGUCUGUCUGAUCCCUGCGACGCACUUUCGGCCUCUUAAAUCUUCUUGAAACCAUACAAUACCGGAGCAAAAAUCAUGGUCGCACCUCUGACCAUCGCCGUUACUGGAAUCGCAAUCAUCCCGAAAAAGGCAGAACGUGCCCUCCUCGACGUCGAAAUUUCCUCCACUGGUUUCUCGCGCGCCUUCAUAUCAGAAGAGGUUCAGCUUUCAUGUCGACGUCUGGAGGACUUACUUCGCAAAACAUCUGCCGCGAAUGACACUCAAAUUGCACGCGACUCGGCCACAGUUGCACACUGGUCAAUGACUUCUAUGAGAACGACAUCCCAUCUGCCGACAGAUCAGUACGGCACAGUCUUGAAGAAUGCACAAAGGGUCUAUUCCAUCUCUGUUACUUUCGACAUUCGGAUACGAGACUUUAAUAGGCUCGGGACUUUUGCAAGUCAAGUUGCUGUUCUGCCUUAUACCCUGAUUCAUAGCGUGAGAUGGGCUUUGACGAGCACGACACGUCAAGCACAUGAGAGUCAAUUGCGCUCAAUGGCUGCCGAGGAUGCUCUGGAGCGUGCGAAAGAUUACGCAAAGGCAUUGGGAUUGUCAGCUGUUUGGCCGGUCGAAGUCAAGGAAGCACAAUGGGGCAGUCAUGACCCGAAUGCUGUGAUGAAAGUGCAAGAAAAGGCAAUGGAUAUGCGUCGACCUGUUUCAGAUUCUGAUCCAGCAUUUGCGGAUCUGUUCUUCGAGCCAGAGGAGGUCACGAUGAGUACAAGAAUCGACUGCAAGUUUGAGGCGGAAUGAGGAUUGAUGUCUUUGUGUGCUAUGUGUUCGUCACGGUCCAGUCUAAGGUGGACGCGCGAAUCGAAGGCGACACACGAGAUGCUGCUUCUCUGCAGUCACUCCCACUCUCUAGCGACGAUAAGCAUAUCUAGGAACGACGAGCUAUAGCAAGGCACAAUUAUGUCUCGUGUCAACAAAGCUGGCACAAAGUAUCAAGGGAAGGCAUAUCUCGGCGAGAAUCGCUGCAAGUCUGGAAUACGUCUUGCUUUGAUACAGCGUUUUAUAGAGACAGCUAAAAGUGUUCUGGCAGUCACGAUUGGCCGUUGUCCAAGCUUCUCUCGGAUGCCGGCCAGCCGGAGGUGUAUCGUGCCUUUCUAAAGGCGAUGCUUCGAAGGACUAUUUUGCAGAAGGCAUUAAUUAUGGUUCUCUUUCCUCUUCUACAAUUUAUUCUAUAGAAGAUCUCAAUAUUCUCAAGUCCAAUCACUCCG